UAUUUCGAUCAGUGUGGAUCUUAAGGGGCCAACGUCUAAUUGUGUUGACUUUGGUGAUAUCAUGGUUUGUAAUGAGUUUUUGGGUGUGGAUGUUGUCGACGAACUUCAGUCUUACAUCGAACGUCAGAUGCGCGGUAUUGUAUCACGGAAAAGUUUUAGUAGCACACCUGAUAUUGGUGUCGGUAAAAUGAGGGUCAAAUUAACAUGUAUGUCUUCACCACACUUUUGUUUUCAUUGUUAGCUGAAUAUUAUCCAGUGGACCGUCAUUCGGCCAACAUAGUUUCUAGAGCUGUUAAAAACCUAUCUCAUGAACUUGAUCAAGUUGUUUCGCAAACUUUUAAUCAUCCUGAUUAUGCCAAAACCAGAAUAAAAUCCAUUAUGCGAGAUUUUGAGAACACGGUUGCAGAUUUAUGCAACCAGUAUUCUAAACAAGCUACAAUGGCGAAAAAUUUCCCGUCUCUCUCAUCAAUUAAGUUGGGUAGUGUUUAUGCUUGGGCACGAGAACAGUCAGUAGCAAAAUUUAAUGAUCUACAGAUGUGUCCAGAGCUGCGAAAAACCCGUUUACGUUUAUGUCGAAAGUUGUCUCGUUUAGUACGUUUAUCUAAGUCAUCCAAACAACGGGGUCAAUCUCAUCCUUUGCUUGUCAGUUUACGACAUGACUUAAUGAAAAUACGAUCACGUGCUACAGGGAAAGUAUUUAUAGACAAACCUGUGAUUAUGACGCUUCCUUCAGACACUACGUUUGUUGCAUCUGAAAAACCUAUAAUUCAAUCGAAACUUGCUGUUGUAUUUGAAAAGUUGGCCGAUCAAAUCACAGAUCUUCUUCUUCCAAUUUCACAUCUAAUUCCAGGUAUUUCAAUCAUAAAACAUGCUGAUGAUGCUGCAAAAUGUCGAGAAAAUUUACGUACACAAGUUAUGUUAGCUUUGCAAGGUUUUUAUUCUCAUUACGAAGACAUUAAUGAAGAAGGUAAUACAUAUGAAUUUAAACAGAAUAAUUCAUUCAUUAAUCGGGAUGGUGAUAUUGAUGAUGAUGAUCCUAUGAAUGGAAAUUAUGAUCCAUUCGAUAAAUUUGAAUCUAGUUCUGAUGAUAAUGACUUGACUGGAGAGAAGUUAACAGUCCACUUAAAUCCUGCUAUCAUUCAAGCUUCACUUGAUCGAUAUGAUCAUUUCAAUUGGAAUAAACAUAAACAACAGCAAUCUACAUCGAAUCGUUCAAAAGAACACACAACAGAACAACAAUCCACCAACAACAGUCUCAGACAAUCUACAUUGAAAUCUGUUAAAUUAUCGAAUUUAAAAGAAAAAAUAGAAUUAAUUCAACCUACUAUGAAUAAUGUAAUUGAUGAGAAACCAAUAGAAGCCAAUGUUGAAGUUCAAUUCAAUAAUAAUCAUAAUAAUAACAUUUCAAUUGAAUCAGAAUCUCAGCUGACUAGAACUAAUGAACACAAUGAAGAAAUAAGAAGAGGAAGAGAAGAAGGAGACAAUCAAAUCACUGAUAAUAAUCAUGAAAAUCAAUACAUUAAAUCUAUAGAACAUUUCAGUAAAUCAAUAAAAUCAUCGCAUUCUAACAGUAAAGUGAGUAGUACUAGUAGUAGUGGUAGUAAUAGUAGUAAUGCUAAUCAUAGUAGUAGUAACAGUGGUAGUAGUAGUAGUAGUGUGAGUAGUAGUAAGAGUAGUAAGAUUAAGAUUAAGAGUAGUAGUAGAAAUAAUGGAUUUACACGAAAACGUACAAAUCGUCGUUCACUUCGUUUACAUCAUCAUCAUCAUCAUCAUGAUCAUUAUUGUACACCAUCGGAUAAUACAAGUUGUUCUGAAGGUGAAGUACUGUCGGACAGUGAAGACGAAGAUCAUCAUUAUCGUCAUCAUUUAACUGAUAAUGAUUGUCUUGAUGAAAAAGAAGAAAUUGUUGAUAUUCGUGAAAAAUUGGAAUUAAUCACUGAAACAGAUAAAACUACUACUAACAAUCAUAAUAAUAGUAAUAAUAGUAAUCCCAAUGAAGAUUUAGUACGUUUUAUGGAGGUGACAACAACAGCAGCAACAACAUUUCCCGAUGCAUUACAAAUGAUGAAUACAUCGAAUAGUGAAAUUGAUAUGACUGAAUUAGAAAUUAUGGAUGAAUGGGGUCUAACAACAACAACAACAGCAACAACACUGUCGAUGAAUCGUUUAGAUACAUCAACAACUGCACUAAGUGAUAUCAGUCUUCCAGUUGACAAAAAAGAGUUGAAACUCAUUUCAAUCGAUAAUGAAAUAACAAAUUUAUUCAAUGAAUCCUUGGAAUUCUGUGCUAAAAAUCUACAUGAUUUAAUAUUACAAGUUGAAAAUAAUUGUCAUUUAAUUGGCAAUACCAAUGAACAUAAAACAAAUAAUGAACUAGUACAAUGGAAAAUUUGUUUGCCGCCUGACUUAGAAGCUCGUAUUGAAAGAACAGCAACGGCUUUUAAAGAACAUAUUGAUUCCGUAUUAAAUAAUUUAUUACAUACUACUGCAUCAAAUUGUAAAUCAUCAUCAAAUGACAAACGAAAAUCGCACAGUCAUCAACGUGUAUCCACAACAGCAGCAGCAGCACGUAGGCAACAGGCUGCUUCUCGACGUGGUUCUAGACUUCGUGGUAUGUUAUUAGCCUAUCAACAGGAUGCGGUGAAGAAACGUAUGAGCUCAACUAGUUUCGAUUGAAUAUGUAUAACAAUCAAAUUGAUAAUGAAAAAAAAUACAUGACUUUCAUGUUUAUCAUCUUUUCAAGUUUUUAAAUAUGAUUUGACUCAACUUUUUUUUCUUAACAUUUAAAUCAAACAACAUACUGAGAAGACUGAGGCAGGCUCGUUAGAUUGUAUUUCGCAAAUGUACACUCUUAGUCAAUUAAAAACGAAAACAUUACAUUGAAUACUCCUCUAUUUGCACACCAUCUUUGAGUCGUCGUGACUUACAACACUCCAUACUUCUUCUAUUCCUGUUGUUGCUUCCUUUCCUUCCUCUGUUGGUACUCCAUUUGCUUUCCGUUUUCCUCUUCUGACCGUGAGACUUCUUCUUUCACUUCCCUUCUUAUACUACUUAUAUCGUUCGUAUAAGUAGCACACACCACAAUGCUACUCACAAUUAUGAAUGUCUGUUUGAGAUUAUUGUAUAUUAUUUAGUGUUUGAAAAUAUACUUGUACGGUAUGA